AUGAAUGACUGGGAAUAUAAUCCUGUAUUCCGAAUUUUUUUUCAUGUUCUAUCAAUAAAGGAGGAAGAUGAAAAUGAUGAAGAUGUUGACAGUGUAGAAGGUGACACUGCUAGCAAUGAGAGAUUUCAAAUGAAAGAACGCAUUGCAAAAAAGUUGAAAAUGGAUACAAAUGAAACUGCAAAACUGCAACUUCAAGAGGAAGAAACUAAGAUGGAAAAGAAAACCACCAGUCGCAGUGAGGAGCUACGGAAAGAAGCACGACAGCUGAAACGUGAACUUUUGGAGGCAAAACAGAAAAGAGAAGAGCAAACUUUAAAACCCAAAGAAAAGGAAGAAGAGGAACCUGCACCAAAUAGCGUUGUUGAAGAAUACCUUCAGGAGAAGAGAAAAUAUGAAGACAAACGGAAGCAGCAGCCAAAGAAAGGAGUUUCUCGUGAAGAUCAGACGCUGGCACUUCUGGACCGAUUUAAAUCAAAGUUAACCCAAGCAAUUGAAGAAACUCCUGAAAAUGAGGUUUCUGAAUCUGAAGUAGACACAGAUGAAGGAUGGAUGUCACAUGUUCUUCAGUUUGAAGAUAGGAGCAGAAAGGUGAAAGAUGCAAGCAUGCAGGAUGAAGACACUUUUGAGAUCUAUGAUCCACGGAAUCCUGUAACUAAGAGGAGAAGAGAAGAAAGCAAGAAGAUAAUGAGAGAAAAAAAGGAAAGGAGAUAAAAUGAAUGCAAUGCUAGCCAGAGCUGCCUUGAAAAGUGACUGCAAUAAAGCACUAGCUCUUUUGUAAGCUGUAGAUCUUAAAAAUAUCACUGGACAAGUGUGAAAAGGAAUCCCUCAGGACGCUAUUGUCUGGUUUUGAAUCUGGACUACCAUUUGUUUCUUAAAUUGUGCAUUAAAAUUCUCUCAGUGUAUUCAUUAUCCAAAUUCUGUAAAGCUUUGUAUGUAUUUAAUAAAACAACUGACUUUA